GCAACCGCGCACCCACGCCAAAACAAAGCAGGACAACCCUGCCUCAGAGACCACACACGCCAGACCAAGCAACAAGGCUGCACCACUCCACGCGGCAUCGAGGUUGAGACGCUGACGCAGGGGGCGGGGAUCAAGGGCAGCUGCGCGUGUUGUGUGGCCCGUGUGCUAGUAGUAGUUGCUGCAUCAUCACGAUCGCAAAGUGACAGCAGCAGCAGCACCACCACCACCAGCAGCAACAGCACCUACAACACAGCACCAGCAACAGCACCAUGGAGAGCAAGUAUGAGAAGCAGCGAGUGCUGGGGCAUGGGACGUUUGGGCGGGUGUGGCUGGUGAAAGGACGUCAGGAUCACAAGCUGUACUGCAUGAAGGAAAUGGAUGUGGCCGCUCCUGGCGCGGACACGGACGCCCGCACUGAGGCGCAGGUCCAUGCCGGGUUGCGCCAUCCUCACAUUAUCAGCUACGAGGAAGUGUCUCGGAGAUUCAAUUACGUGUAUCUGGUGAUGGAGUAUGCUGCACAGGGCGAUCUCGCCAGCCUUCUGACCACCCGCUCCCGCACGCGGCGGCCGCUGACGGAGGAGAACGUGCUGGUGUGGACAAACCACAUUCUGCAAGCCCUGGCGUACAUGCACAGGCGCGGCAUGGUGCAUCGCGAUGUCAAGUCUGCAAAUAUCUUCAUCAUGGACUCUGGCAUUGCCAAGCUGGGUGACAUGGGCUGCUCCAAAGUGCUGGAGCAAAAUGCCACCCGCAUCGAACAGCGCACGUGCUCAACCCCUUGCGGUACUCCCAUGUAUCAGUCACCAGAGCAGUGUGAUGGCACGCCAUACACACAGAAAGUUGACAUUUGGGCACUGGGCUGUGUUGUGUACGAGAUGUGUGCAUUGCGGCCGACCUUUGAUGCCCGCAAUAUCCACGAACUUGGGCGCAAGAUCAAAGGUGCUGCGUACAACCGCAAGCUGCCCGCCGUCUACUCGCAGGAUGUUCGCUCACUGAUUGACACGAUGCUGACGAUUGACGUGUACCGGCGGCCGGCCGCGCGCGACCUCGUUCGGCGGCCCUGCAUCGCCAAGUACUCUGGCUGUCGCGCCGACGAGCACGGCGCCGCCGUCCCCUUCACCUUGGGCGAUGAGGUGAAGCGGCCGUCGUUCGAGGAAGAGGCGGUGCGAUUGCCGCAGCGGCAGGUCGCAUUUGGGCGCCGCAGUGCAGAGGAACCAGCCGGCGACCAGAGCCCGCACGGUGGCCACGCGUCUCGUGCAAACAGCGGGAAGAGCAGCAGCAGCAACAACAACAACAACAACGACAACAACAACAACACCACCACCGCCACCGCCACCGCCACUGCCAACAACAACAACAGCAGCGGCAGCGGCAGUAGUCGUAGCAUUAAGGGAGGAGUUGGUGACGGAGAGACCACAAGCCAGCCCUCCUCACGCUCCCCAAGCGGCACGAGGCGACAACCCUCGCUCUCACCACGCCGCCAACAACUUGAGCAGAGGAAUGCAAACAGCGAUGGUGGCAGUCACACCACAGCCACGGAUGACACCACUGCCACGACAGGAGACGGCAGCUACACUUCUGGCAGGGAUGGGCGUGCGGGCGUCGCUGCGUCUUCGCGACGACUGCGCGCUCCCCCGCCGUCCAUGGUGGCCAGCGGUGCUCCGCUCGCGCCCGCGUAUCCGCUCAACCGGCACGUCCGCCACCAGCACCCACAGCUCAACAAGCAGCAGCAGCAGCAGCAGCAGCAGCAGCGUGGUGGUGGUGAUGGCGGAGAGGCGGCAGUCCGACGGUACCACUCAACACCAAUGCGGCUGCACCCAUCUGCACGACCAGAGCGGAAUGCGCACAGUGGCGACGCGCUGGGCCGCUCCCCGCUCAGCGCACACCAGCACCACCGCAGCCGCCACCACCGCGCAGCGAGCGACGUCAACGUGGCGCGGCACCCCUCGGCCCACGCGUCCGUGUAUGCGUCGCCGUCGUCGCUAUCACCGGUCGCCCGGUCGCCGGCACGCGGCCAAGGCACCCAGCAGCAGCAGCAGCAGCAGGAGGAGGAGGAGGAGGAGGAGGUUGGUAGGGGCAUGAGCAGGCCCACAUCCCUCCAUCGCCGAGGGUCAGCGUCACUCUCUCGCGGAGGCAUGCGUCACCUUGACCGGGCACGGAGCACGCCAUACACGAGUGGAAGCCACCCGUCAUCCCCACACCUCACCCGCCAGCAGCAGCAGCAGCAGCAGCAGCAGCAGCAUGUGCCGGGUGAUGUGGCGACGGGGCGAGGGCGCUCUGCCUCGCGCUAUUCGGCACAGCUUCCAGCCAUUGGAACACACGAGCGUGCUGCUAGCGGCGGUGCCCCCACUCAACACUACCACCACCACCACCACCACCAACACCAACAACAACAACAGCAACCGCAACAGCAGCAACCGCAACAGCAGCAGCAUCAAGGCACUAGGCGAAGCGGCGCUGAUGGAGGCGUGUCGAGUCUGCGAAGCAAGAUGAUUGCGGCGGGGCUGUCACCGCAACAGCAGCAGCCGCAACAGCAGCCGCAGCAGCACCUUGGGGUACCACGUGGUGGGAAGCAGCAAUGGAAUGUGCCGACGGGUGUGUCAUUUCGCCCUCAGAACAUACGGCGCCACAACCCAUCGCUCUUUGGCAUGAACAGACAUGCGCCUCGAUGAGGCACAUAGCAGUGCAGCGUGACGUCCGUGUCCUCGGUUGUUGUGAUGUUGCGAUGUGGUGAUGUGGUGCGUGCUUGAACGGCGCUACUUGGUGCUGGCCGGUGUUGAUGCGCACGCGGUUGCGCUGAUGCGUUUUCCACUGAUGGCACUCGAGGUGGCGUUGAGGUGGACCCGAACACCUCGUCCUUAUUACAACUCCUUCUUCUCCAUGACCCUUGUUGCCAGGUCAUCCGUUAGCCGUCCUUGCCCUCUUCUUCUUGUCCUUUUUGUGCUCUUUCUUGUGCUCCUUCUUGUGCCCUUGUUCUUGUCGUUCUGCUUGCGUGCUGUUGUGUUGGACAGCUUCUCAGUGUACAUAGCGUGUGUUCAUAGUGGGAAUUGAAUUGUGUACGUACACAGUUUGUUUCCCUUGCAUUUCAUUGCGUUUGUUGCGCGUUCGCCCAACUUGUCGUGCAGACGGCACACACGGCAAAGGGCAGUAAACAACCCUCUCC